GCCCACCUCUCAGCACGCCACUGCAUCUUAACAUAAUUGAGCUCUGCAAUUAAGGACAACCGCAUACGCGUCUAUAUGCAGUCUGUCACGUGGGCUUUAAUCGUUACCAGGACAGCCUCGCGGACACCGAUAUGAAGAGUCAUAUUGCAAACUCAGAGUUAGCCACAGCAUGAACAGGCUCUGUGAAGGAUUUUGUUGACACACUGUAUACAGCGGACUCGGGCACUUAUACUUACACGCGGCCACAAGUGCGGUAAUGGAUAUUUGACACUUUGUGGGGUGACUGUGAGCUAAAAUGCGAAAAGCUGAAAGCUGCUAACCGGAGGAUGGAGAUGCGGGGCAGCCUGCGCGAGGCUUUACGGCUCCGCUGCCGUAUCGCAGGCAGCGAUGAACACAUCUGACAUCCAAGUGAAACGCGCCUCUGCCUCGUGAAGCAUGUUCACGCAGGCUGCGCCAGAGGUAGACAUAAUGUGGCAGGAGUCUCACCUGACUAAGCGGAGCUCGUCGGGAGUGUGAGCACUGUGGCUGCUUCAUUUAGGCUAGUUAUUUGGUGAACGCUGGACAGCACCCAUCCAACCAGACACCACACAAGGGAUGUGGGGACCCCAGAAAAAAGGGCUCUUUGACAUUCUCUCAUUACCUCUGGUCGUGGCAGUGAUGUGCUGUGCCCAGAGCGUCAACGAACCGGGGAACAUGUCUUACGUCAAAGAGACUGUGGAUAAACUGUUGAAAGGAUAUGAUAUUCGUCUUCGGCCAGACUUUGGAGGUCCACCGGUUGCUGUUGGCAUGAGUAUAGACGUGGCAAGUAUAGACAUGGUGUCAGAAGUCAAUAUGGACUACACGUUGACUAUGUACUUCCAGCAGUAUUGGAGAGAUAAGAGACUGGCCUAUGCAGGAAUCCCUCUCAACCUGACACUGGACAACAGAGUAGCAGAUCAGCUCUGGGUCCCAGACACUUACUUUCUCAAUGACAAGAAGUCCUUUGUUCACGGCGUCACUGUUAAGAACCGUAUGAUUCGACUACACCCAGACGGCACUGUUCUCUACGGCCUCAGAAUCACGACGACUGCAGCCUGCAUGAUGGAUCUGAGGAGAUACCCACUGGAUGAACAGAACUGCACUCUGGAAAUUGAGAGUUAUGGUUAUACAACAGAUGACAUUGAGUUCUAUUGGAAAGGAGGAGACACCGCUGUGACGGGGGUGAGGCGCAUCGAGCUCCCUCAGUUCUCCAUUGUCGACUAUAAGCUGGUUUCCAGAAACGUGGUCUUUUCCACAGGUGCCUACCCACGACUGUCUCUGAGCUUUAAGCUGAAGAGAAACAUUGGAUACUUCAUCCUGCAGACGUACAUGCCCUCCAUCCUCAUCACCAUCCUAUCCUGGGUGUCGUUCUGGAUAAACUAUGAUGCCUCAGCUGCCAGGGUCGCAUUAGGGAUCACCACUGUCCUGACCAUGACAACCAUCAACACCCAUUUAAGAGAGACUCUGCCCAAGAUCCCCUACGUCAAAGCUAUAGACAUGUACCUGAUGGGCUGCUUUGUGUUUGUCUUCCUGGCUCUGCUGGAAUAUGCCUUCGUCAACUACAUCUUCUUUGGAAGAGGUCCUCAGAUGCAGAAGAAGCUUGCUGAGAAGGCACAGAAGGCAAAUGACCGGGAAAAAUUUGAUAGACCCAAGGUGGACUCCCAGGGGAACAUUUUGCUGACAACCUUGGAGAUCCACAACGAGGUGGGAGGAAACGAGAUCACAACCACUGUGAGCGAGACCCUCAACUCCACCUCCAUGGUGUUCGACAACUCGGGCAUCCAGUAUAGGAAGGCGAGCGGGCCGCGCGAGUCGGGCCGCCUCAGCCUGGACAGGAGCGCACACCUUAAGAAAACCCGUCUGCGGAGACGAUCCUCACAGCUCAAAAUCAAAAUCCCAGACCUCACUGAUGUGAACGCUAUUGACAGAUUGUCACGGAUAAUAUUCCCAUUCAGCUUCUCUCUAUUCAACUUAAUCUACUGGCUUUACUACGUCAAUUAAUGCGCUGAUGUUUUUUAAACCCACCUCUGUCUCAUUUUUGAUUUUCGAAUGAGAGAAGACUUUGUUGUGAAAGGAACAUAUUAUGGUCAAAUCCUCAUGAACUUUUUUUUUAUCAUAGCAAGUGCAGACUUUGAUGACAAAACUAUCACUCAGACAGUGUGCAUCUGUUAUAUGCACAGACACAAGGGAUUAUCUACAGAACAUGUAUUUUACAAAGACUUGUGUGGACUGUAAAUUACUCUCUGCUCUGACCCCUGUGAAGACCUGGGACACUGUAUCUCAAGGGUAGAGCUACUGACUCUUUGCUGUGUUUACAGUACACUGCUUUAGGUCAGUUAUUAAAACUGUACCCAGAAUUUCAGUAUAAGAUGUGGUCACUGUAAUACAACUUAUUGCUAAUGACAAAACAGCUGACAAAGACAAAUAUGAACAAAUAUGCUCAUAUAAACACAGGCCAAGCUCUGAUCUGGACAUUAUAUGCAAUGAAACCAACUUAAAGGAAUGUUUCAGUCUGUUGGGAUAUAAACAUAUUAGCUUUCUUGCCAUGAGUUAGAUGAGAGGACUGAUCCCACUCUCAUGUAUGUACGCUAAAUGUUGAGGCUAUAGCCAGCAGCCAGUUAGCUAAGCUUAACAGCUAUUUCCUAAAAUCUCAAACUAUUACUUUAAUGUGCAUUCAAGUCGAGUUAUUAGCAAGAGAGAGACUAAUGGAAUCCAUGCCAGCAUUAUAUAAAGAUGUCAUUCUGUCAUUCACUGCCAUAAUUUCAAGGAAUUUGUUUGGGCCUUUUGGGAAGUAUGCUUAUUUACUUUCUUGCUGAGAUUUAGAUGAGAAGAUCAAUACCACUAAGUCAGUUAUCUUAGCCUAGCAUAAAGACUGGAAACAGCUAACCAGGCUAUGUCCAGGUGAAAAUGACCCUCCUACCAGCACAUCUAACGCUCACUAAUUAACACAUUUAAUCCCAUUUGUUUAAUCCAUACAUGAAUAGACAUGGAAAAUUGACACUUUUACAUGCUGUAACUAUUUCUGCCGGACACAGACAUUUCCACAACUUGCUGUUUUCGCAUUUGUGUGUGUGUGUGUGUCUGGAUUAAGGACGUUUGUUUUGUUUGUUGUUCGGACAGAAUUAGCUAGCUGUUUCCUGUCUUUGCGCUAAGCUAGCUCGACUGGCUGCUGCCUGUAUCUUUAGAUUGAGCAUACAGACGUAAGAGUGGUCCCAAUUUUUUCAUCUAGCUCUCGACAAGACAGAAUGAGUAUUUCCCAAAAUAUCUGUUCUUCUUUAACAUUAAGAAUUACCCAUUUGCUAUUGCUUUUCAGUAUUCAAAAAGCAUGCCAUAAACCCAACAGCAAUGUAUGUGUCACAUGACAGUAGAAAAAGGCUUUUACAGUAAACAAUAUCUGAUCUGUUUACACUAUUUCACUAUUUUGUCAUUGUGUUGUCAGCACUGUCACAAUAUUUUAUUGAUUUUGUGAAGCACGUAUUCAAUACAAAUAGUUCACAUGGCCUUUUUUUCCUUUCAUACUGCAUGUUGUAUUGGGGACUGAGUGCAGACUCAUUUCUGUAGACAUCUCAUGUUCAGAUUUCUUAAUUCUCCAUGAAAUGAAAUGUACAUACUGUGACUCUGCAUAUUUUCUUUCAGUUCACAAUAAUUACAUGGCUUUAUUGUCAACAGUGUUUUGCUCAGUGAUUUCUGGCCUCGCUGUUUGGUUUUGUUAGUCUUUACACAACAUUA